AGUCCCAAAUUUUCAAACCGCAUUCUGAAAGAAGCUCUCGCUGGAACGGCUACUGCACGGCGGCAACUCACUGCUUCCCCCACUCUCCGCCGCCGCCACUUGCAUCACCACCAUUGUAUCGUUUCAAUUCGGCUUCCAUUAAUUUCAAGGGCACGUACCGAAGAUGAAUACUCUGAGCAAGCAAAACAAAAGAACGGAAGACGGAGAGGGUGAAACCAGUGCAGGUGAUUCAACAAUGUUCGAAAGGGAUGUCGUUGAUCUGCCUCUGGCCAAAAGUAAUGAUGAUCAACAUUUGGUAAAAAAUGAUAUAAGUGAAGAUGGCGAGCAAGGCAAGAAGAAAAAGAAGAAGAAACGGAGUAGAGAAAGAAAGCAUGAGGACUCGGAGUAUAACCAGUUCAAAAGCGAUGAAUGUGAAGAAGGUGAUGAUGGGAAGAAAAUGAAAAAGAAGAAGAAACUAAUUGAAGGAAACACACUUAAUGUAGGUAAUGAAGAUGGAGAGCGGGUCAAGAAGUUAAAGAAAAAGAAGAAGAAACGGAGUGAAGAAAGCGAACAUAAGGACUAUAAGGAGGACAAAAGCAAUGAAUGUGAAGAUGAUGACCAAGGAAAGAAGAUGAAAAAGCAGCUGAAACCAAUUGAAGAAAACACACUUAAUGAGUGUAAUGACUUUAGCAGCAAUGAAGGUGAAGGUGGAGAGCAGGCCAAGAAGCUGAAGAAAAAGAAGAAGAAACGGAGUGAAGAAAGCGAACAUCAGGAUCAUAACAAGGUCAAAAGCAAUGAAUGUGAAGAACAUGACCAUGAAAAGAAAGUGAAGAAGAAGAAGAAGAAACUAAUUGAGGGAGGCAGACUUGAGGAGUGUAAUGACGUUAUAAACAAUGGAGAUGGUGACCAGGGAAAGACGAAAAAGAAGAAUAAACCAAGUCACAAAAGAAAAAGUAAGAAGGACAAUGAUUUUAAUAGCAAUCAAGAUGAAGUUAAUGAUCAAGGCAAAAAGAUGAAGGAAAAAAAGGAAGCAAAGGCAGUUACAAAUGAAUCUCCUAAUUCUGCAUCUAAACCCAAACGGGUAACUUUUUCCGAACAAGUGGAGAAGUUUUGUUGUGAUGGCUUAUUGCGUGGGGAACGGUUUACACCUGAAGAAGAUGAGAAAAUCAAAGCAUCUGUUUAUGACUUUAUAAAUUCUCAUGGUUUGGGAGAUGAAGGUGUAGAUAUGGUUAUGCAUAGCAGUUGUCACCGUGAAACUAGAGGCUGUUGGAAGGUUAUUGCACAAGCCCUACCUUAUAGGCCUAAACAGAGUGUGUAUACACGCGCUCAUGUUUUGUUUGAAAACAAUGUGUUCUUUCACUGGACACCUGAGGAGCGUGAAUUUGUACGGAAGUCCUUCGAGCAACAUGGAGCUGAUUGGAGGCCAGUAGCUGAUGCUUUGGGUAAAAGUCGAGAUCAGGUAAAAGAUUUGUGGCGCAGAAUAAAGUAUGAUGGGUUAAAAAGAGGACCUUGGUCCCAAGAUGAGUAUCAAACUUUAUUUAAUUUAGUAAACGAAGAUCUCCGUAUCAGGGCUUCAGAGCCUUAUAGAAGAUCCCAACAUGGUAUGUUGCGAGAUAAUAUUUGUUGGGAGGCAAUUAGUCACAAGUUGAAAACCCGAGACAGUGCAGUUUGCUGCUUGAAGUGGUAUCGAGAGUUAGUAUCGUCAAACACUGGUAGUGGUGAAUGGUUAGAUUCCGAUGACUUCCGCAUGAUAGGUGCUUUAUAUGAUUUGGAUGCUUGCUGCAUGGAAGAGGUAGACUGGGACUAUCUAAUUGAGCAUAGGUCUGGUGAUGCAUGCAGACAACGAUGGGAUCAAAUGGUCCAACAUAUUGGCGAUGGUGCAGGGAAGUCAUUUAUUGAGCAGGUUGAAAUUCUUGCCAAGAGAUUUUGUCCAGACUUAUUGGAAGCAAGAGAGGCUUUUGAGAACAAACCUGUGACUUGUUGAAAUGUAUUAAGCUAUAAUGCGCAGUGUUUUUUAUGGGAUCAUCUAUGUUUUUCUGCUGUAUUUCAGAAAAUAGACUCAGUAUUGGAUUUUGAGGGUGAUAGUAAUGCUUUCUUCUAAUUAAAACUUAACCCUUGAAGUUCUUAUUUAAAGUAAGUUAAACUUUAUUUGUAAGUGUUUGUUUUGAUUAAAAGAAUAGUUUGAUAUUAGCUAUUGGAA